GAAAAUAAAAUUAAUUGAGUAGAAAAACUGUUUCUACAUGUUUUUUUAAAAAAACAAAUGUUCAAUUUAAAAGUCAUACUUUUCCUCUUUUCCCGUUCAAAAUUCAAAUGAAAUAGUUAGUUAUCCCCAAUUUUUUCUUUUAUUCCUUUUUCUUAUUUUUUUUUUUUUGUAUCCCCAAUGUGUCGCCUUGUAUAAUAGAGAUUCAACAACAAUUCAAUCCAAAACCUAAAAGUGAAGACCUGCUUUUGUGAGGCUAUUGACAUCUAACACAUCCGCAGGGCUUCUCUUCACACUACACAUCCACACGGCUAUAGCACGUCGCUGCUUACGCGCCCACGCUACUGACGCUACUUCUUCGAUCCUCCAUCUUUGCUGACUCAUCGAUUUAGAUCUUUUCAUGGCACAUAAAAAGGACUUAAAUUCUGACUAUGGUAGAUUACCAAUGGAAUUGUUGAUGAUGAUCCUUAUCAACCUCCCGGUGAAAUCUCUUGUACAACUUGCUUGUGUGUGUAAAUCUUGGUUGCGGCUCAUUCGAAACGAUGUUCAAUUUGCUAUCACACACUACGUCUCUCGAAGUACAUCAUCAGCUUGUUUGAUGGGGAAUUUUGAUUACAUUGCCCUUGACUUUGUAAUUUGUCCGAGAAAACAUGAUGGCGCACCAGAGGAAUCAUGCGUUUACAAUUUUUGCGCCUUCACUUUAACUGAACAGAAGACAUUUCUUAAAGUGAAAGAGUUUGAGCUAGAACUUGGUUCGUACUCAGCCUACUAAGGGACAGAAUUUUCCAACUUUUGUCAUGGCAUAGAGUGCAUAUAUGUCAUUUCUAAACAUCAUGGCCCUAAUGGGAAGUCUUCUAAGCUCAUAGUAUGGAACCCAUCAAUUCGGGAAGUAGUCGAAGUGCCAAAGUCCCUUAACAUUGAUUCCCUUAGAUGCACCGAUUUUGGCAUUGGGUAUGACUCUAUUUGUAAUGACUACAAAAUCGUCGCAAUUAUGAGGAUUGAAUGCUUUCGGUAUGGUACUUGGGUGGUGGAUAUCUUCUCUAUCAGUAAUGGUUGUUGGAGUAGUCUGCAUGACAUAAACAUCCUUCAACAGUACCACGGGGUUUUGUGUCCACCUGUGUUGAAUAGUAACAGUAGUAUUCUUAACUGGGACUGUGACAAUUUCAUACUAUCUUUUGACAUAGUUGAUGAGAAAUUUCGCGAGAUCCCAAUGCCAAACUGCCUAUGUCAGGAGGGAAAUGUACAUAGUCUGUUAACCGCUUGCCAUGUGAAGGCUUGCCUAUGUUGUUACUCGUAUCGUUGCAAUGAAGAUAUUAACAUAUGGGUACUAACUUGCUUGAAUGCAGGUGAUAAAAGCAGAGUUGGUAAUGAUCCUGUUUAUAGUUGGGUUAAGCAAGUUUCAAUUAGAUUUCCAGAUCAAAAAAUUGUUUACCCUAUGAGUUGUUGGAUGAAUGACAACGAACUUUUGUUGAAUGUGAAAUAUGCUGAGAAUUUAACUGAGGUAUGUUCUUAUGACCUUCGCACCCAACAAUUAAAGGGAACAGGGCAUCGACGUAGAAUUACAUUCCGGGCUCACAGUUAUACAGAAAGCUUGGUAUCGAUCAAGAGCCUCAUGCAACAUACAACAUACAGUGAUAUAACAUACAACAAAUUCACUCCUAUAGAACAAGAUGGUCGCGAGAAUCUAACAUGUUUUACUGAAUUACUGUGACAACAAUGACGCAGUAGAGCACAAGAAUAAUGAUGGAUGCGUCUAUUUCAUUCGAGAGGUUGCUCCAAGAAGUGUUUAAGCUAGUAUGAUUAUGAGCUAGUUGUCACAGUUCAGCCAUCCCUAGAGCAGCGCUGGGCCGUAGGCGUAGGCUAGCAGCGACGAAGAAAUCUGUCCGCACGUGACAUAGUGUUAGCAAAGGUGCUGACAACAUUUCUGUUGCUUCAAGUACAAGUG